UCUACAAUAUAAACAGUCUAGACGCCGUCGCGCCCGCGUUAACGUGUCUACCUUGAGCUCGUUAUUUACAUUCUCGUUUAUAUUGUGAAGUGUUAUAAAUGUCUAAACCUUCUGAAAAGCUACUAGAAGGCAAAGGGCUGCAGAUAAUCAGCCCUAGGCCAGAUCAUACGUUUGAGCUCGAUGAGAGGAGCCUCGCCGAGCUACUGGACAGUCCUGACAUCAGGAAUCGCUCCGUGGUCCUCGUGGCGGUCGCUGGCGCUUUCCGUAAAGGAAAGUCCUUCCUUCUAGACUUCUUCCUGCGUUAUUUACAUCACACGUACGUGUUGAACUCAAAAGAUGACAACUGGUUGGGUCCAGAAGACGAGCCGCUGCAAGGCUUCAGUUGGCGCGGCGGCUCCGAAAGAAACACCACCGGCCUCCUGCUGUGGUCACAGCCCUUCAAAGCCACCCUCGAGAACGGAGAAAAAGUGGCGAUAUUCUUGAUGGACACGCAAGGCACUUUCGACAGCGAAUCGACAGUGCGUGACAAUGCAACUGUGUUCGCGCUCUCCACCAUGAUAUCCUCCGUACUCAUAUACAAUUUGUCACAAAACAUAGAGGAAGAUGAAUUACAGCAUUUACAGCUGUUCACAGACUACGGACGCGUGGCGCUGGAGAAGACGGAAGGCAAGCCAUUUCAGCAUCUGCAGUUCCUUGUGCGCGACUGGAGCGUUCCCUACGAGUACCCGUACGGACUGGAAGGAGGAAUGAAGCUGUUGGAGAAGAGACUCGAAGUUCAUGAGAAUCAACACGAGGAGUUGAAGACGCUACGGAGAGAGAUCAGGUCGUUCUUCAGCCAGCUCUCCUGCUUCCUGCUGCCGCAUCCCGGCAUGAAGGUUGCCACCAGCAAGGAGUUUAAUGGAAAAUUAACAGAUAUAGACGAAGAGUUCAAGAAAUGUUUAAAAGAAUUAGUGCCGUAUCUCCUGGCGCCACAGAACUUGCAGCCCAAAGUGUUGUCGGGGCAGACGCUCAAGGCCAAGGAGCUGCUGUACUACAUCCAGGCUUACAUGGAGGUCUUCAAUGGAACAGAAUUACCUGUGCCGCAAACUAUUCUGGAGGCGACCGCGCAAGCCAACAACCUAUCUGCAGUGUCGGAGGCGCGGGAGGUGUACGAGUGCCUGAUGGAGGAGGUGGCGGGGGGGGCGCGACCCUACCUCCCCCCCGACAGGCUGGCGGAGGAGCAUCGCCGCGCGCGGGACAAGGCCCUGCACUGCUUCCAACACAAGAAGAAGAUGGGCGGAGACGCCAAGUCGGAGACGUACCGGGAACAGUUGCUUCAGGAAUUAGAAGAACAAUUCGAACGUCUGCGUGCGCAGAACGAGAGCAAGAGCUUAUUGAACAUGUUCGGCACGAGCGCGGUGCUCGCCGCGCUGCUCGUAGUGGGGUGCGUGCUGAGCAUGCUCGGGGACACGCUCGCCUUCUCUAUACUGGAGGUGCUCGGCAAGACGGUCGCAUUACUGUCGCUAGGCGCACUCGUCGUUUGGAUGUAUAGCAGAUUCACAGGUCAUAUGCGGGAAGCUAGCGAAAUAUUGGACGAGUUUGCAAUGACUUUGAGGACUUAUAUGUUACAAAAUUUAUCACCGUCGGGAAGACUACCAGCCGGAGUUACCACAGAUAACCACAAAAGAGAUUAGGGAUGAAAAAUGGAUUCACGUGAAGCUCGGAAGGUGGUUAGGGGUUCCGAUAUCAUGAAACAUCACAAAAAGGAAGUGAAGGCUAAAAAAUAUAAUAACGUGUCCUAACUGAUGACGUAAAAUAUUCAAUAAUGUUUAGAGAAUUUCAAUAUUACUUUUUAGUAAAAAAAAUACGUGUUUUAGAGAGGGAGGGAAAGUUUAAAAGCUCACCACAUAACAUCACAGAGCCGGGGGUUCAAAAAUUACUAAAAAGUAUUUGUGAUUAAUGGACGACCCCUUAUCAGGAAGGGAGUGCCAAAAAUGAU